AUGCACCGUUACGCGACACUCGUCGCGCUUCUGAGUGCGCAGAUCGUCAGUGCGCUUCCUCAAUCGCAAUGGAAGGCCGUGUCUGGGGAUGAAGUGGUUCGCGCUGCUGUCGCAUUCCAUCAGCCUAAGCUUGCGGAGGCUGAAGCAUUGUUGAUGGAUAUUUCGGAUCCUAAGUCAGAGAAGUUUGGUCACUAUCUUGAGCUCAGGGAAGUGCAAGACUUCUUCAAACCCAGCGACAGUUCACAGAAAAGGGUCAUGCAAUGGCUCGAAGAUGCAGGUGUCGACUUAUCUUCCGUGCAUCUCAAGAAGGCAGCUGCUAUCCUAGAGUUCUCUGCUCCGGUCAAGCAGCUUGGAAAGAUGCUCGGAGCUGGCGUUCAUGUUAUGCACAACGAUGCGACUGGUGAACUUCGCCUCGAAUCUACCGAGCAUGCAGUUCCGUCUGCAAUUGAGGAUGAUGUUGAGUUUAUUGCGCUGGCUCCAUCUCAAAAGACUGGCAAAACGAAGCGCAGCCGCGCAGUCAAGCCCGUGCUAGAUACCCUACCACCGCCAUAUAAGCUCCCAGUUGCGGAUGAUCUGCGCAACUGUAGCGAAAGCUGGACUCCAGCUUGCAUCCGAAAGCUCUACGGUGUUCCUCUUGGCACCAGGGCGGCAAAGAAUAACUCCAUGGGUCUAUUUGGAUUCGGCGACCCGUACCAGCCAGCUGAUCUCAAUCAAUUCUGGGCAAAGCACGCACCUUUCAUUCCCAAAGGAACCAAGCCUAAAGUCAACAGCAUCAAUGGUGCCGUGGCAGAAGGUACACCCAUUGAAGGCGAAGAGUUACUCGACAUUGAGAUGUCAUAUCCAAUCGUUUACCCCCAGACCGUUACCAUGUUCCAGGUAGACUACAGCAACAAAGGAGGUCUUGCUAAUGACUUCCUCGCGGCUGUUGACGCAAGCUACUGUAAGUACGACGGAGGCAAUGAUCCUGAUCUUGAUCCCACGUUCCCUGUCUUUGGUGGCGGCUUCCAGGGCCCUGCUAUGUGCGGCAAGUACCAGAUUACAAACGUUCUUUCAAUCUCCUUCGCGAUUGAUGAGCAGACUCUGCCUCGGCAUUAUAUCCAGCGACAAUGUCACGAGUGGAUGAAGUUGGCUCUCAGUGGUGUCAGUGUUCUCGUCGCUUCUGGAGAUCGUGGUGUCCAAGGUGCUACGCAGUGUACUGUGAACCCUUACGAUACAAAGAAAGAGGCUUUCAACGCUCUCUUCCCUGGAUCCUGUCCAUAUGUCACAGCAGUUGGAGCGACACAGGUCAACUUCACUGGCAGCAGAACCAAUGAAGUUGCUGUUUUCGAUCCCAAGCAUAACUUUUACUCUGGAGGCGGUUUCAGUAACAUGAACGCACAGCCAGCCUACCAGCGCAAUGCUGUCGCUAGCUAUCUCGCGGCCAACAACCCUCACUACCCCAAGGGAACAUACAACAUUUCGGGACGCGCCUUUCCCGAUGUCGCUCUCUUGGGGGCCAAUGUUACUUUCCUGCAAGAUGGCAAGACUACCAUCAGUGGAGGUACCAGCGCUGCUGCGCCAAUGUUUGCUGCUAUGAUCAACAGAAUCAACGAUGAGCGAUUAUUGGCGGGGAAGAAACCAAUUGGCUUCUUGAACCAGAUCCUUUAUCAGCACCCUGAAGUAUUUACUGAUAUCACACAAGGCUCUAAUCCUGGUUGCGGCACAGCAGGGUUCAAGGCGGCCAAGGGAUGGGAUCCGGUUUCGGGAAUGGGCUCUCCCAAGUUUCCCAAGCUUCGAGACUUGUUAGUUGGCCUCCCUUAA